AUUAUUGAUAACAGUACUGUGCUACCAUAUUUUCGGAAAACUUGGGGUAACUGGUACCAACUCAGUGGCUGAAAAAUACUAGAGCGGUGGUGAUACCGGUGAUACUGCAAUGAGAAGCAAUACAAAAACUGUAUUGUUUCAGCGGUUUUGUUUAAAGUCCCAUCCCGUCCUACGUGAAUAACAUUGAUUAGCCAAUAUGAAAAGGGUUAUUGCAUUUGGUAAUCCAUUACUUGAUACCAUUGUAUUACUGCAAGAUAAGUCACUUCUAGAAAAAUAUAAUCUAGAUGUAGAUGGUCAAAAGGAAAUAUCGCUAAGCGAAAUGGAAGCGUUGAAAGAAGACAUCAAAGAUUAUGAUAAAACAGUAACAGCAGGAGGUUGUGCACAAAAUACACUUAAAAUCCUACAGUGGCUUUUAAAAAAAGAAUAUUCAGUCACUAUGUGUGGUGCAAUUGGUGGAGAUUCUGAAGGAAAACUCUUGGAGGAAAUUUUAAAGCAACAUGGCAUUGAACCACACUAUAUUGUACAUAAGGCAUACCCUACUGGAACAACAGUGUCAUUAGUUACUAAUGAUAAUCGAUCCUUAGUGGCUCAUCUAGGCGCUGCUGAAAUUGUUCCAUUACAAUACAUACAUGGAACAGAUAUCAUAACACAAAUAGAACAGUCUGAUUUAGUGUAUAUGGAAGGGUUUUUUCUGACAAAACGAACUAAAACUGCAACUUUUAUUUUAAACCACUGCACUUCACAUAAUAAAAUGUUCGCAUUUAAUUUGUGUGGAGAGUAUUUAGUUGACAGUUUGCCAGAACUAGUUGAUGAAUUUUUAUCACAAGCAGAUAUAAUAUUUGGUAAUCGAAAAGAAUUUGAUAAAAUUUGCUCCCUAAAGGGGGUUAGUGUUGAAAAUUUUCUGACAGCACUAAGUGAACACGGUAGAGGGAAAAUCAUUGCAGUGACUAAUGGUCCAUCUGCAGUAAUGUGUUUUGGACAUGGUGAAAGUUGCGUGGCGCAGGCUCCUACUUUAAGUACUGAAGAGAUUGUGGAUACAACUGGAGCUGGAGACUCUUUUGCUGGUGGCUUUUUAGCAGGGUACUUGCAAGAGAAAUCCUUAAAAGAAUGUUUGCAAUUAGGGUGUCAUGCAGCUUACACAAUAAUUAAAAGAAGAGGAUGCACAGUACCAGAGUUCUCUGCAUCAUAACAUUUGAUCCCUCAUAAAUUAGAAGGAAGUUUUGAGCAGUUCUUUUGACCAAAUUGAUGAAGAUAGCUACGUGUUAGUGAAAAGCAAGCAAGAUGUAAAGAGUGCAGCAGAAGACUUUGUUUUAACAAGAAAGAAUAGGCAGAUUCCGUAUAGAGACGACCAUAUUUUCCGUAGUAAUGAGAACGAGGAUAAUUAAGUAAUAGCACGAAUAAUGUAAUUAACAAAAAUGCAUUUUCUUUCCUUAUUGAAUCUUUGGUUUUGUUGUGUAUUGUAAUACAUAUAACGUUGAAAUGGGUAGCAAUAAAGUGAUUAAAUGCAUAUGGCGAAAA